CUUCCCUUCAAACCCUACUGCUGCCUCAUCUCACAUAUCUCUCCUCUUUGUUUUUUUUUUUUUUUCCUUCCCUCUAUUACCUUACCUUUAUCAUGGAAUCUACAAAACUCCAUCCUGCUUCCACUGUAUCGAACAUUAAAAGUCUCAUCCCCAUAACUUUGGAGAUGGAGACCGGGCAAUAUGCGUCAUGGUCUGAACUUUUCAAGAUUCAGUGCCGGGCGUUUCUCGUGAUUGAUCAUCUAUCACCUAAACCACCUGCUCCUGCUGCCUCUAGUUCCAAAGACACAGACAAAGACAAAGACAAGGUUACUACCCCUGUCGAUGAUCAAUGGGAUCGGCUAGAUGCGAUUGUGCUACAAUGGAUCUACGCUACAAUCUCUAAUGAUCUUUUACACACGAUUCUCAAACCAAAUACCACCGCUUACGAUGCAUGGACCACCCUUGAAGGAAUUUUCCAAGACAACAAGAGCUCUCGUGCCAUCCAUCUUCUCCAUAAAUUCUCAAACACUCGUCUCGACGGGUUUUCGAACGUUUCCGCCUACUGUCAACAGUUGAAGAUGAUAGCAGAUCAGUUAGCUAAUGUGGGUUCUCCGGUUGAAAACGACAGGCUGGUACUUCAACUUAUAUCCGGUUUAAACGAGCAAUAUGAGGGGAUCGCAACCAUACUUCAGCAACAAGAUCCUCUCCCAACUUUUUAUGAAGCUCGUUCGAAAUUAGUCUUGGUUGAAAGUCGGAAAACAGAGCAGGCGUUGAAUAUGGCUCAAACUGCGGGCACGCCCUUAACGCAAACACUUCCAGGCCUUCGAACCAAACCCACUCAGACGCGGAGCGAGGCCGUGGUCGUGGCAGAAGUCGCGGACGCGGCAGAGGACGGCAGGCUAACCGUGGCAGGGGUGCGUUCGGGUCGUCAGGAUACCCUACCGGUGCACCAGGACAGGGCUGGCCUCCUAACACAUGGGCUGGAAAUCAACAGUGGGCUGCCAACAACAACUUCAACAAUAAUUGGGCUGUCAAUCAGCAGUGGGCCGCCCCACCCCAGUGGAACUCAUGGGCUGCUCCACCACCGUGCCCUUAUCCCACUACCUCCCCUCGGCCCAGCACUAAUACUAGCGGACAGGGUAUUCUCGGCUCGCGACCCAAUCAAGCUCACUAUACUGCCUACACACCCACCGACAUUGACCAGGCGCUCCACACCAUGUCUCUAAAUCAACAAGACCCGACUCUCUACAUGGACACCGGGGCGACAGGAUUACAAGACCCGGAUCCCUAUCCUCCGGUGCAACAGCAACGGUGACUUAUACCCUCUUUUGCUCGGAUCUGGAAGCACCACCACCACACC